AUGAAUUAUAAUAUCCGACUCAUACCAAAAGGCGCAAGUCUUCAGCGUGUAUCCGAUUAUAGACCGAUAGCUCUUUGCAAUGUAUACUACAAGAUCGUGUCUAAGAUUCUUAACAGGAGACUGCAGCCAGUUUUAGACUCAAUAAUCUCCCCAAACCAAUUAGCUUUUGUACCCGGCAGAGGAAUCUUGGAUAAUGUGCUAAUCACACAUGAAGUGUUGCAUACUCUACAGAUGUCAAAGUCAGAUAAACUGUGUGCAAUGGCGGUUAAAACCAAUAUGAGCAAGGCGUAUGACAGACUUGAGUGGGAUUUUAUCGGUGCAGUUCUACAUAGAAUGGGGUUCCAUUCGGUUUUGAUAAACUGGAUUAUGCAGUGUGUCGCUUCUGUUACGUACUCUUUCCUCAUCAACGGCUCGUCUAGAGGAAGAGUUCGGCCGAGUAGGGGAAUCCGUCAAGGAGACCCCCUCUCACCUUAUCUAUUCAUCAUGUGUAGUGAGGUGCUCUCGGGAUUAUGUAACAAACCACAAGAAGAUGGAUCUUUAAAAGGCAUCCAAGUUGCUCGAGGAAGCCCUUACAUCAACCAUCUCUUAUUUGCGGACGAUACUAUGUUUUUCCUCAAAACCGACAAGAAAAGUAGAGAAGCUCUAAAAGGAAUUCUGCUUAGAUAUGAGGCUGCUUCCGGGCAACUGAUUAAUGCUGAGAAAUCUGAAAUAACAUUCUCUCGAAAGGCACCAUUAUCUCUGAAACAGGCUGUGAAGAAUGAUCUGCAGAUCCAAAAAGAAGGAGGUGCCGGGAAAUAUUUGGGACUGCCGGAGCAGUUUGAAAGACGGAAGAGAGAUAUAUUUACCGGGAUUGUACACAGAAUAAAACAUAAGGAAAGUGGGUGGUCUAACCGGUUCUUAUCUACAGCAGGAAAGCUCGUAAUGCUGAAGAGUGUGCUCUCUCCAAUUCCAUCGCACGCCAUGACAUGCUUUAAGCUGCCACUUUCGCUGAUUAAAAGGAUCCAAUCUGCAGUAACUCGUUUCUGGUGGGACGAUAGAGAUGGAAAUAAGAAGAUGUGCUUACUUAGCCAUGUGCUCACCGGGAAGUACUGCCCAGACGGGAACAUCCUCACAUGCCAGAGCCGAACUUCUGAGUCUCAUGGAUGGAAGGGUAUUUUAAGUGGCCGAGACUUGGUCUCGAGAAAUUCAGGAUGGCUUGUGGGUGACGGAACUACCAUUGGUAUUUGGCAAGAUCCCUGGCUUAAUGUGAAGCAGCAACAACGUCUGAUGGGACCACCACGGGAAAGUGAUCAAAACGUCAAAGUGGCCGACUUGUUUAUACUAAACUCGACAGAGUGGGAUACUGAGAGAAUAAGAGAAAUAUGUCCUUUCGCAGAGGAGCAAAUUCUCAAGAUUAAAGCUAGUAGGUCGGGGGCUCCGAACAAGUUAUGUUGGCUGGGAACAAAGAAUGGAGUAUAUUCAACCAAAUCAGGGUACCAUGCUGCUUUCAAUGAAACAAAUGAUGCGGAGAACUUAGAACUAGCUGGUAAUUGGAAUCAAGAAGUCUGGAACCUAAGAACAGCACCUAAAGUCAAAAUGUUGAUAUGGAAAGUGUUGAGAGGAGCCUUACCUGUAGGAACGAGGCUAGAAGAUCGACAUAUUAGAGUGGAUUCUCGAUGUAAGCGAUGUGGAAGCCCAGAAUCUAUCAUUCAUCUGUUCUAUCAAUGUGAGUAUGCAAAAGCUGUCUGGCAAACAUCUCCUUUCGCAAGAGAAGUUGAUAGUAGCGGAGCGCUAGAUUUAAGGGAAACCUGGAACCAAGUGAAGAAUAAAACCUGCCUACCACCUUCGGGUAUCUCAUCAGAACAGAUGUGUGUUUUCAAAGAUCAGAGGAAGAGCAGAGGAGUCUCUGUCGCGAGCUAUAGUGAUGGCAAGGGAAUGACGAAACUCUCAGAAGAGUUUGCGAUGAAAGACCUUGGAGAAGCAAGACAGAUUCUAGGGAUGAGAAUCAGUAGAAACAAGGAAGGUCUUAAGCUAUCACAAGAGGAGUAUGUGAAGAAAGUCCUCAAGAGGUUUAACAUGGAUGAUGCGAAGCCAGUUAGUACUCCCCUGCCUGAUGUACGUGAUGAUAUGUACAAGGCCAGACAUUGCACAUGCAGUAGGAGUCGUCAGCAGAUUUAUAAGCAAUCCAGGAAAGUAACAUUGGAAAGCCGUUAUAUGGAUUUUCAGAUAUCUAAAAGGAAAUCCAAGCUUAUCGCUAUGUUUCACGAAGUCUAA